UCCUGAACUCUCGCGAUAUUACGAGGCGGAAGACAUACGAAUCUUCCGUACUAGUCAACUGGAGCCGCUUAUGCUGUGCAGCAACUAACGACAGUUUUGGACGUUAGGAGGAGAGCGAACUGUUUGUUUUCAUAGUAAACCGGUGAACGGGAGCUGCUACUUGUUCGUCUUAGAACAAACGGCCGUUUUUGCCUGUCCGGUGGAGGGUUAAGUGUUUUCAUGUUGUGCAAUUUACAGUGUUUGCGUGAAGACUCCCAACUGGCGGAUCGCAUCAGUUCGCCGGGAGGGUCAUCGUCAGCGACGACACCCUCUGCUCCGUUAGCGUCGACUGUUUAGAAAAUGACCGGAGAGAAGAUCCGCUCCCUGCGCAAGGACCAGAGGCCGAGCAAGGACGAGGAUUUACUGGAGCCGGACGAGGAGGCUGCAACCGGGACGUUCACCGCCUCCAAGACGAACAACAAGAGCAGAGCGAGUAAAAUCUUCAGUAAUCACAAGUUAAUCAAGUCUUCAUCCACACAGCAGCAGCAGAACCAACAGUCGCAGAUUAAUGCUAACACCAACACACUGUCAACAUCGGAUGUCAUCGAUGACAACAACAAAAACCCCAUUAUCCAAACCGGGCAGGACUUUCCGGUGCAUGAAUGUGUGUUUAAAGGAGAUGUCCGACGCCUGUCUUCGCUCAUACGGACGCAGAAUAUCGCCCAGAAAGACGUCCAUGGAAACACACCGUUGCAUCUCGCUGUCAUGAUGGGGCACAAAGAGUGUGCCCACCUGCUGCUGGCCCACAAUGCACCAGUGAAGGUGAAAAACGCUCAGGGAUGGAGCCCACUUGCUGAGGCCAUCAGCUACGGAGACCGACAAAUGAUCACAGCGCUGCUGAGGAAGCUGAAGCAACAGUCCAGGGAGAGUGUGGAGGACAAGAGGCCCAAGCUGCUGAAAGCCCUGAAAGAACUUGGAGACUUUUACUUGGAGCUUCACUGGGACUUCCAAAGUUGGGUGCCUUUGCUCUCCAGAAUCCUGCCUUCAGAUGCGUGUAAGAUCUACAAGCAGGGCCUCAACAUCAGACUCGACACUACCCUGAUAGACUUCACAGACAUGAAGUGUCAGCGCGGUGACCUGAGUUUCAUCUUCAACGGCAAUGCCAUCCCCUCCGAGUCUUUUGUUGUGCUGGACAACGAACAGAAAGUCUACCAGCGGAUACACCAUGAGGAGUCAGAGAUGGAGACCGAGGAGGAAGUGGACAUUCUGAUGAGCAGCGACGUGUACUCCGCCACGCUCUCCACCAAGUCCAUCACCUUCUCCAGAGCGCAGACUGGCUGGCUGUUCAGAGAAGACAAGACGGAGCGCGUGGGAAACUUUCUGGCAGAUUUCUACUCUGUGAACGGCCUGGUGCUCGAGUCCAGGAAGAGACGUGAGCAUCUGAGCGAGGAGGACAUCUUGAGGAACAAAGCCAUCAUGGAGAGCCUGAGCAAAGGAGGGAAUCUCAUAGAGCAGAACUUUGAGCCGACGAGGAGGCAAUCUCUGACUCCCCCUUCACCCAACACUAUAUCCUGGGAAGAAUACAUCGCUGCUGACAAUGGAAAAGCACCUCAUCUAGGAAGAGAGCUGGUCUGCAAAGAGAGCAAGAAAAACUUCAAAGCCACGAUAGCCAUGAGUCAAGACUUCCCUCUGGGCAUUGAAUCGUUACUGAACGUUCUGGAGGUGAUUGCACCCUUCAAGCACUUUAAUAAACUCAGGGAGUUUGUUCAGAUGAAGCUCCCCCCUGGCUUUCCUGUCAAACUCGACAUCCCUGUCUUUCCUACGAUCACAGCCACCGUGACAUUUCAGGAGUUUCGCUAUGAUGAGUUUGAUGAGUCCAUUUUUACCAUUCCCAACGACUAUAAAGAAGACCCUAGCCGCUUCCCUGACCUUUAACCUCUCAAGCUGGAACAGGAAACAAAUGUGCAACGAGGCAACCAUGUGCUACAAAACAUACUUUUUGAAUUACAAAAGGAAAACUUGGAGGGAAAAAACCAGCGGUAAUCAUUUCUUGACAGUUUGUGGAUUCCAGCGCCCAUCCCAACCCUGAAUACAGACGGCAACAAGACGACCAGAGUUUGACAUACAUGACAAAAAUGGCGUCAUCAGCUGAUGAUGGAGCCCCACUGCGGCAGAGAGGUCGACGUCUCCUCGUAUUAACAAAGUGUUUUUUUGAAGCGUAGUGUUGCAGGUUCUUACUCUCACCUUCAGAUUUGGUUUAAUCCAGCAGCCGAGGCAGGAAGUGCAAGUAACUUGGAGCCGAGAGUCUGAACCUCUCAUCAGUGAAAGUUCAAACGAGUGACAGCAGAGCAGGUGAGUUUCUGUAUACGGGGUAUAAGCAGAAGACAGACAACCAGUUCAGUUGAUGCUAUGUAUUUAAGUAUGUAAGUAAUGUUUAUAAAGGGAAUGUUUUUAACUGACUCGUAGUAAAGCACUGAUAUUACUGUGUGACACAUUGGGGAGGAAUUCCCAAAAAUUACUUUUUAGGUUCUUUUUCCUACUUAGGUAGAUUUUUAAAAAUUCUCAAGGUGCGGAAAUCAUUUCAGUUUUGUAAAAUUAGAUUUGGGGUCAAUGACACAUAAAAUUGUAUUUAACCAAAUGCACACCUGUGACAGGUGAAGUGGCUUCUUUUGUAGGUUAAAAACCUAAAAAUCAGUUUUUGCAGAAUUCCACUUUAACUCUACAAAUUAUUAAAUUGUGUGUGCGUGUGUGUGUGUGUGUGUAACAUUGAUUUUCAUGGGCAUGGAGUAGCAUCACUGAACUUUUGGGCACUAUUUAGAUCCACUACAGCCAUUCGACUUUCAGCUGAGUUUAGACACUCAUUUUGUGAUACUCAACCCUUAAUCCUACAUUUGAAAUAUUAUAGUUUCAUGGAGGCAACGCUAGAAAUGCUGCAAUUUUUAUGGUACCACAAAGUUUUCUCUUCGUUUGUUUGAGUGUUUGUCAGCAAGUGUAAGUUAUGAUGUUCAAGCCUUUUGUUUCAUACUACACCUUUUGUAAACUAUGUAACAAACCGUACAAUCCUGCUAAAGGAAGAAAAACGGGGAUUGUAAAGUAAGUAGACAUUAGGGAAUCAAUGAAUGACUACAACAUUCAUGUCAUUUUUACACAUAAGAACCAGGCUUUUCCCCUGCACAGUAUGUAAAUACAAGUUUUGAGAGUUGUUGCUUUUGUCUUUUACGUCCUCUUUUCUUAUUCUUUGUGCUGAUGAGUUUAAGAUGUCCUCUGCAAGAGGAAGAGUUGUGGAUUUUUUUUUUUUAUGUAGCGUCACAUGAGUUAAUUUGAGUUUAUUGGUUUGUAACAAGGUGGCAGUUGCUAUUUUUGUACAUACUUGUAAUGUUUUAAAGAAAAAAAUAAUCUCUGAAUUAUCCUGUCAUUAUUUCCCUUCCCACUAUAUCUGAUAAACCGUAUGAACCUCCUCCAGAUGUGUGGAACCCUGUGGAAUCAAUCAUUUCCACAGGGUGAAAAGUACAAAACACCAAGGUUCCUCGGGAAAUGAAUUGCGUACAAGUCCUGGGAGUGUUGACUGGAGGCUGGAAAAGUUAAACUCUGAAAGAGUGUUUCUAGCUGCUGCUAUGGUUCAUGAGCUUUUAAUCAUGUUGAUACAAACAGGUGUUGUGCUCAUGUUUAAGUUGCCUGCUGCUGCAGUUUAAAAUGAAGGUGUGCUACACAGAUGUGUUGGCUCAAAGUGUUAGAACAAUUUGCUUAUAUAUAUCCAUAUUCAGUAUCGGUAUAACCAAAUCAAACAGUACAUUUCAUUUUUUAUAUUCCUCCGUAGAGGCCAAUGCAGCUAACGUUACUGGAAGUGUGCAUCCUCACUAAUAUAACGCUUUAUAUUUGAUUUCAUGCUUCUUCUUGUUUUCAGCUGCUUAAGUUUUCCAUGUUUUACGUAAAAAAUUCAUUCAUUUACAUGUCCGUUGUACAGCAAAAACAGUUGUAAGAGUCUGCGACACUAUUUUCAUAUAAAAUGUACUAACUAAAAUAAAAGUUCCACAUAUCCAA